AAUAAUAAAUCAAGAUGGCUGCCUGCUAAAUGAUUUGUAGUGUACUAUGUUUCGGUGAAUGUUUGCCACCCGUUCCCCACCGAAGAUGAUAAAUGAAGGGGAUUAUGUGAUUUUAAAGAAGGAGAAUGUCAUAAAAGCUGUGAGAAUUCGUAAGGGAAGGUAGGGAUGUCAAAGAUGAUAAUCUAACUUCAUCCAAAACCAUUGUUGAAGCACGUGGAAACAAAACCUUUCACUUUCUACUCAUUGAUCGGCAAUUGAGUUGACUAUCCAAGUUUUAAAACCUAGAUCUCGUAGACCUUUUCUUCUGAGCUAUUCACUCACAAAAAUGAACUCAUCAUCGUUAAACGAUAAAACGUGUGUUCCGCUGUAAAGAAUUGACACUUCUGGUUCAAAUUCCCCUCUUCCGGGAAGGAAAGGUUAAAAUUACCCACCCUUCGGGCACAGAUGACAGUCAAAUGCCCCUUUAGCUUUAGUUUGAUCAGUGCCACACUAUUGAUUCUGAAAUGUGCAGUUUGAAUCUUGAUGAUACCUGCACAGCUACACUCUGCAGAAUGGCUAACACUUACAUGUAUUAUUGCAACAAAAUCAUCAAAAUUUAGCAUGAAAGAGUAAUCAGUUUAUUGACUCUCAUACAAGUACUACUUAUAUACAUUAAAGAAAUUGCCUUAGGUUUUCUUCAUACUGCUCUUUUUCCUCAACUAGCAUACAGUAUGUUCUUUUCUUUAUCUCAAUUUAAUCAGAUGAUGCAAAACAAUAACAACUAAAAUAGUUUUUGUUUGUACUCUCUGUUGCCUGAUUAACUUAUUGCAAAAAAUAUGAAAAUAAAGUAAGAUUAAUGGCUACCUGGAAUAAUAGGGGAUGCCAGUUGGCAUUAGCAUCAAAUGAAAAUAAAUUACAGGUCAGCAAGAUAGCACAAAUUCACUCAUAAAAAAGAAAGCAAGAGAAGUGGAAAACAACAUUACCAUGUUAAUAGGGCUGGAAGGGUCAAAUAAUUCAAUUUAUGAAAUAUUUAUACAAGAAAAGCACGCAGUUCAUAGCUCUGAGAGAUUAUCACAUAUAAUAACAUAAUAUACAUAUUAUAUAAAUUGUAAAAGAAAAUAAAUUAUAUUAAGGCUUAAAAAAGUUUAAAGAAAGUGACAGAAUACUUUUUACACAACUGUUUUUGUGUGUGUUAUCAUAUAACAAUGCAGUUCAUGCGAAGAUAUUGAGGAAAAGAGAGCUCUAAGGAGCAUAGAGCUUUGAUUUGAAGUCUUCCCAAGUCUUGUAAUUAGAUUUAAUAAUUCAGAAAAGAAGCGUUGUUUGCUUAGUACAUGUUGAAACAAAAAGUAUAAUGGUGUGUUUUUUAUGUAGAAAUAUCUUUAUGAGUUGUUUUAAGUAUAAAAACAUAUAUCAGCUUUUAUUACACCCAUUUUGAAAUCACUGGUGGUCCCUGUAAUCUGAUUGGCUCUAAGUGAUGCAAUUUAUUCACAAAUUGCACCAUUUUUUCCUUUAAAUCGCAUCUUUUUCCCAGCCAAUGAGGAAACAUGAGGCUACACUAAAAACAAAAGAGCCAAUCAGAUUUGAAGGCUUGUUCAAAGUAACCGAUCAAAUUGCAGAAAAAUGAAAGACAAAGAGUAUCAUGUGACAAAUUUUGCAACUUUUGUUGACAGUUUGCCAACUCUUACUUUUUCCACCCCAAAAAAUGGAUGAAUUUAAUUUCAGAACAGUUUGGUACUGCAUCAAUAAAAUAUUUGAACCGACCAAGUCCUGUAUUUAGGCGAUUUCAAAAUGGAUGUAAUAAAGUGGUAAUUGAACCUCAUGUUGUGCAAUUUUGGUCUGAGAUCAUACUUGUGAUUUCAAAUUGAACUUGCGCUGGGCGCUCAUUCGAUUUUGAGAUCACACAUAUGAUUUUAGCCCAAAUUGCACUCCACUCUGUUCAAUUACCAUUAUUAAUGGAAUUGGGUCAAGAGAACUUUUUAACAUCAGUCCCACAAUGGUGAGAAUGGUAGAACUUUCCCAGUUUCCUGUCAAGUAAUGAUGAAUGUGAUUACCAAUUUGAAACAUAUGGUUAAAACAAAAUGGUAACAGAUUAUUGUGUUAAAGAUACAUGGAGUUCAUAUUUUAUGUUUACUGAUUAAAUGAAUCUUUCUGUUACUACACUAGGAAGGAGGCUUUUGAUAAGUUACACUUUACUUUGGAUAAUGCAAUUGGUUUACCUCUGGGAUCAUUAUUUGAGGUAAAAGGGGGCAAGCUGAACAGAUUAGAUUUAACAGAGGAUGUUGACGAACUUCUUGCAGCAAAGGAUGAUGUUGGUAAGUGAGGAUUACUUUACAGUAGAAAAAUUGAGUGGAACCUGUAUUUAGCAGUCACCUACAGGAAAUUGUGGGGUGACAGGUUCCACUGCAUAGGAGUGUUAUUAAUAAAAAAACUAAAAUAAUGCUAUUCUAUGACAUAAUUGACCACUUCAUGUACAAUGUCAAGAAUACUACUAACAUCUAAACUUGGAUGAAAUUUCACUUGA